CAUCGCCCGUGAAUAUCUCCCUGUCAAUGUGUAUGGAUCAUGUUAGCUGGCUGUCUGGCAGUCUAACUCCUUGUUCAUCGAGCGAUCAAUUCAACAACUACAACAACUUCAACAACCAGAAACCAAACAGAAGAAAGAGACAACAUGUCGACACUUGACAAUGACUCGAAACCCCCCAACCCCGAUAAGAUCCAACUUGAUCGUCUGGAGGAGAGCGACGUGGCGCAGCGGGAGAAAUACGCGCAGGAGCAAAAGAACGUGGGCACCUUGCAGCGCCGCCUGAAGGCGCGACACGUCCAGUUCCUGGCGCUGUCUGGGGCCAUCGGCACGGGGCUCUUCGUCGGCAUGGGCCAGGUGCUGUCGCUGGCCGGCCCUCUGUCCGCCGUGCUGGCCUACGCGAUCACCGGCUUCAAUCUGUACGCCGUGAUCAACAGCAUGGGCGAGAUGGCCACUUGGCUGCCGCUGCCCGGUGCCGUGCCCGUCUACGCCGCGCGCUUCGUGGACGAGGCGCUGGGAUUCACGCUGGGCUGGAACUACUGGUAUCAGUUCGCCAUCGGGGUGCCCAUCGAGAUUAGUGCGGCGGCGCUGAUCAUCGAGUACUGGCCCAACGGCGUCUCGCCCGCCGUCUGGAUCACCAUCUUGUAUUUGGUGAUAUUCCUGCUGAACUGUCUCCCCGUGCGCGUUUAUGGCGAGCUGGAAUUCAUCCUGGGGUCCAUUAAGAUACUCACUAUUGUGGGCUUGAUGAUUCUCAUGUUCAUCAUUAUGCUGGGUGGCGGUCCCAACCACGAUCGAAUCGGAUUUCGAUACUGGAAGAACCCUGGGCCAAUGCAGGAAUAUCUGAAGACCGGCGACCUCGGGCGGUUUCUGGCAUUCUGGAAGGUCUUCAUCCAGGCCACCUUCAGUUACGGCGGCAGCGAGAUGGUCGUCGUGGCGGCAGGAGAAACGGAGAAUCCCCGGCGCAACAUCCCCAAGGCCGUGCGACGAAUCUUCUGGCGGAUUGCCAUCUUCUACGUCGGCAGCGUCUUCCUGGUUGGGAUGUGCGUCUCAUCGCGCGACGAGCGUCUGCUGAAUGCUAUCAGCCAUGGAGCAGAGGGCGCUGGCGCCAGUCCGUUCGUCAUCGCCAUCGCUAACAGCGGCAUCAAAGUGUUGCCGUCUAUCAUCAACGCCGUCAUCCUCUCGUCUGCUUUGUCCGCCGGUAAUUCAUUCUUCUACGCCUCCACGCGGAUCCUCUACUCCACCGCACUGGACGGCAAGGCGCCGCGCAUCCUGCGCUACGAGAAAUUCGGCGUGCCGUAUGCCUGCGUGGGCGUCACCGCCGCUCUCAGCCUUCUCGUCUAUCUCAACGUCUCGGCCAGCGCCGCCGAAGUCUUCUUCUGGAUCAGCAACCUCAGUUCCGUCAGCACGCUGAUCGUCUGGGCUUCCGUGGCCAUCACCUACACGCGAUUCUACGCGGGGCUCAAGCACCACGGCAUCGCGCGGACAGGUUUACCCUUCAAAACGCCCUUUCAGCCCUUCCUUGCCUACUUCGCCAUCGCGUUCUCUACAAUCGUCGCUUUCUUCAAUGGCUUCGACGCCUUCUUUCCGGGCAAGUUUAGCGCUAAGACGUUCGUGCCGCCGUACAUCGACAUUCCGAUCUUCGCCAGCUUGUUCCUCGGAUAUAAGAUCGUUAAGCGUACCAAGUUCGUCAAGGUCCAGGAUAUGGAUCUGUGGUCGGGCAAGGCAGAGGCUGAUCAGUUGGAGGCACUAUGGGAGGAGCCUCGGCCACGCAAUUUCCUCGAACGAAUUUGGUUCUGGAUUGCCUAA